UUCUAAAUUUCCCCUACCUAGUCUGGCAUUAACAGUAGGUUAUUCAGAUAUAUAAACUCAAUGAAUGCAAAUCUGCCACAACGUGAUUCGCUAAUUCGAUCUGUUCUUGAUAGGCCUAAUGGUUGUUCUGUCCUGAGUUUACGGAAAACACAGGCUGCAGCUGCGCCUGCAGAGGGAGCAAACUGACCUACAUAUUCUCUGAAGUGACCUACUUUUACUAUCACGUCUACUGAUGGAAGUGAAGUUCCUUCAGUUUGUCUUAAUUCAAGCCUACGGGUAAUCCUGGAAGAACCGCCCGAGUGAGGCGCAGUCAUGACGCACCGGACCAUCCACCUGUUCCGGAAGGGGCUCCGUCUCCACGACAACCCGUCGCUGGUGUGGGCGCUGGAGUCGUCGGCGGUGGUGUACCCGGUGUUCGUGCUGGACCGGGCCUUCCUGGACGGGGCGAUGCGCAUGGGGGCGCUGCGCUGGCGGUUCCUCCUGCAGAGCCUGGAGGACCUGCAGACGCGCCUGGUCGCGCUGGGGUCCCGCCUCUACGUGCUGCAGGGCGGCUACGAGGCCGGGCUGCGGCAGCUGGUCCGCCGCUGGGGCGUCACGCAGCUCACCUUCGACACCGAGGUGGAGCCCUUCUACGCCCGGCUGGACGACAGCCUGCGCGCCCUGUGUGAGGAGCUGGGCGUGCUCGUGCACUCUGGCGUGGCACACACCCUCUACGAUGUCAGGAGGAUCAUCAAAGCUAACGGAGGGGAGGCCCCGCUGACCUACAAGAAGUUCCUCCAAGUGCAGUCCAUCCUGGGAGAGCCGGACAAGCCAGCGCGGGAAAUCACACCGCAGGACUUCCAGAAGUGUAAGACUCCCAUGGAAGAAGGAAAUGAAGAGCAGUAUCGCGUUCCAAGUCUGGAGGAUCUUGGGAUUGAGGUGGACCUGGAGGUCUUGUGGCCCGGUGGGGAGAGUCAUGGACUGAAAAGACUGGAGAAGCAUUUGGAGAGUGAGGGUUGGGGUGAGAACUUCUCCAAACCCCGCACCAUUCCAAACCCGCUGUUACCGAACACAACAGGCCUCAGUCCCUACUUCAGCGUGGGCUGUUUGUCUGUCCGUUCCUUCUACUACAGAUUGUCCAACAUCUACGCACAGUCCAAGAACCACUCCUUGCCCCCAGUAUCACUCCAGAGACAAGUGCUGUGGAGAGAAUUCUUCUACACCGUUGCGUCUUCCACCCCCAACUUCACCAAGAUGGCCGGCAAUCCCAUCUGUCUCCAGAUCGGCUGGCACGAGAACCAGGAGGCGCUGGAGAAGUGGAAGGAGGCCCGGACGGGCUUCCCCUGGAUCGACGCCAUCAUGACCCAGCUGCGGCAGGAGGGCUGGAUCCACCACCUGGCCCGGCACGCCGUGGCCUGCUUCCUGACCCGCGGGGACCUGUGGAUCAGCUGGGAGGAGGGCAUGAAGGUGUUUGAGGAGCUCCUGAUGGAUGCAGACUACAGUGUGAACGCAGGGAACUGGAUGUGGCUGUCGGCCAGCGCCUUCUUCCACCAGUACACCCGCAUCUUCUGCCCCGUGCGCUUUGGGCGCCGGACCGACCCCGAGGGACAGUACAUCAGGAAAUAUCUACCAGUGCUGAAGAACUUCCCCUCCAAGUAUAUCUACGAGCCGUGGACUGCUCCGGAAGAAGUGCAGCUGGAGGCUCGGUGUAUAAUCGGGAAGGACUACCCCCUGCCCAUGGUGGACCACGUAGAGGUGAGCCAGAGGAACAUGUGCCUGAUGCGGCAGCUCCGGAGUGAGCAGGAAGGCACCGCCCAGCUGACCCGAGAUGUGGCCGACGACCCAGUGGAGAUUGGCGUGAAGAGGGAACACCAGGACCACGGCCCCUCAGAGGAGAGAACCAGCAAGCACUUCAGUCCUGACGGAGACCAUAAGACCCAGGUCUGCAGCUGGGCCUCAGACCCCAUCCGUCUGCCUGAGCUCAGUGGAGAGGUCAUGAGACCGAGAACGGUCACAUGACAUGACAUGGAGAGUGGGGUCACACAACUCAGAGGAGAGGUUGUGUGUCUGGGAUUGGUGAUGUGACACGGGGAGGGCUCACAACUCAGUGGAGAGGUCAUGUGACUGGGUUCGGUCAUGUGAUAUGUGACAUGGGGAGAGGUCACACACCCUGCUCCUGUGGCAGGUGGGACCCAAUCCCAACCAAACAUGGGCUACUGAAAACCUUCAUACCACUCCGCUAAAAAAAUCAUCAUGACUUAACCAGCCACGCACUUGAAAAAUAACGACAACACGUGAGAGACAGACUUUGAAGCUGAGGAAAUGCAUGGUGUGCAUUGAAAUGUUCUGCCUGUUCUGUUAUGCUUGCAUAAUGCCUUCAACUGAAGACGUUUUAUUUUGGUAUGUGUAGUUUCUUGUAAUAAUCAUACUACCUCUAAUGUUGUCAGCUGUAUACAGACAGUGGUACAGGUGGCAAUAGCCUCUUUUGAAGGACCAGAAGGACCACAUGCAUCACAGUGCUUCCUUUUCAUAAGUAGUCCCACUCAUCCUGCCAUACUUCAUGAUUAGGGUGGAUGUUCUCUGUGAUUCCCAUGUAUAUCUGAUGUGAACCAAUAUAUGCCUUUUAAAUUAAUAUUGUCUUCUAAAGCCUGUGAUUCACAUUCACUCAUAGCAAAUGUUUUGCUGGGUUUUAACCUUUUUUUAUUUUAAUACGAGGGCACUUAAUAGCGAUAAAAUAACCAUGGCAUUUUGAUGCCAUGUGAUGUUCUGGUAAUGCAGUAAUGAGUUGUAUGGGACCUUGGUCCAUAUGAAAGAAGAUGCUACAUGCCAAGGGUAUAAAAGGUUGAAAAUUAAAAAGGAAACUGAUUUUCCA